GCGCCAUAGCAAUAUAUAUAGCUUCCCAAAAAUACACUGGACGGGGAUUCAGAUUCGUUUCCCUUUUGAUAGGCCUCGAUCGUCUACCUGAUUUUCCCGCCAUAGCCUCUCACAAAGAUUCUUCCUCUGGAAUUCUCUACCAUCUUCCUGCCCAGCCAGAACCCCAACACAGGAGAGAUACAUACAUGCGUGUUUGCAUUCACAUCACGCACUAACCAUGGCAACAGAAUCGAAAACGGAGAGAAAGAAGAGGAAACCCUUGGCGGAUAUCACAAAUGACUGCAAUCUCAUACCCAUCUCCGCUCUGCGCGAGCUUGUGGCUGCUUCCUCCAAUCCCAAUUUGCGUCCGAAACCCCCAACCUCGAUUUUGAAGUCCGUUUCCACUUCCACCACCAGCCAGAAGAAAUUCUCCCAACUGUCGAAUAAAUCCGACGCGAGUGUCGGAUCGUUAAAACGUAAUUCUGCGCACAAUUCCAGAACAGUUCAAUUUCAAAACCCCCCGCGUGCGGCCCCCUCCUCUAUCAAUUUGGGGGGUCGGAGAAAUAAGGGUGCAGCAUAUAAUAAAAAACAAAUCACUGAAAAAGAUUCGGAAGGAGAGGUUGAUGUUCUGGUUAUUAGUCCAACUCCUGUUGAGAAGAGAAAAGACAAAGGGAAGGCCAUUGAUGUACAAUUCAAUUCAUCAGUGCACAGGAGUGAGGUGGAUGUUCGGACUUCUAGUCGAACUCCUGUUGAGAAAAGAAAGGAUAAAGAGAAUGCCAUUGAUGGACCAUUAAGUUUGUCUCCCUGUGAGAGUGAGGCUGAUGUCCUGAUAUCAAGUUCAAUUCCUGUUGAGAAGAGAAAGGACAGAGGGAAGGGUGUUGAUGUCCCAUCCAGUUUGUCACACCAUGAGAGCAAGGUUGAUGCCCUGUUGUCUGUUGAUAGGGCAGCCAAGAGGAAGGCUAUUUCUCAACCAUUCGGUUCAUUCGCACCUGAAAGUGAGACUGAUAUUCAGAUUGUUGGUCCAACUCCUUGGGAGAAAAUGAAAGACAAAGGGAAGGCCAUUGAUGUGUCAUUCAGUUUGUCACCAUAUGAAAGCGAGGCUGCUGUUCAGACUUCUAGUCCAUCUCUCUUCAAAAAGAGAAAAGGAACGGAGGACAUUGCUACGCCAUAUAGUUCACCAAUAUGGGAGAGUGAGGCUGAUCUCCUGGUUUCCAGUCCAAGCCCUGUUGAGAGGAGGAAGGAUAAAGGGAAGGCCAUUUAUGUAGAAUCCAGUCCAACCCCUACUGAGAGAAGGAGAGACAAAGGCAAGGCCAUUGAUGUAACAUUCAGUUCAUCACCAUAUGGUAGUGAGGCUGAUGUUCAGACUCCUAGUCUCGCCCCUGUUGAGAAGAGGGAGGAUAAGGGGAAGGCCAUUUAUGUACCAUUGAUUCCAACUCCUACCGAGAAAAGGAAAGACAAAGGCAAGGCUAUAAUUGAUGUAACAUUCAGUUCGUCGCCAUAUGACAGCGAGGCGGAUGUUCAGACUUCUAGUCUCACUCCCCCUGAGAUGAGAAAGGACAAAGAUGUUACUGCACCAUUCAGUUCAUCGACAUGUGAGAGUGAGGCUGAUGUAUUAGUUUCUAUUCCGAGUCCUGUUGAGAAGAGGAAGGACAAAAUGGAGGACUCAUGUAACCGAAGUCUUAGAACUUCUCGUCGUUUAUAUAGAAAAGCAGAGAAAGGGAAGGCAGUUCUCAAUUCAUCUAUUUCUUCAAUGGGAGCACUAGAAGUGACAGAAAAGGCCACAACUAAUCAUUCUAGCUGCUCAAAUGAGGGUGAAAAUGGUAAAUACGAGGGGAAUGCUAGGCCUUCAGUCUCAUUCAACACAAACAUGCAAGAAAGAGGGAAGGAGUCUAUCCUUCUCUCUGGUGAGAAGGCCAAAGAGAAUAGGAACAAUCUGGACAUAUUCAGCUCCUUGCUUAAGGAAACUAGGCACAAAGGUGAGGUGAUUCACCAACCUUCUGAUACAGUUGGGAUAGCAAAACGCAAUGAAUCAUCUGGUAGUCUGACGGUUGGUCGCCGACUUCUAAGGAGAAGAAGUGGAAAGGGGAAGAAUGAUGUUGUGGCUUCUAGUUGUCCGCCCAUAACAAGGACCAAAAAUCUUAGGAAUGACAUUGAUGAAGUUAAAUCUUCAAAUUCGUACACCGAUCCACGCCCGAAAUCCAGAAAGAGAAGGCUCCGUAAGACUGAACCUAUCAGUGAACUGCCCCAAGAUUUCAUUGAGCAGCAGAAAGCAUAUUUUAAAGAGGUUGAUGAGUUUGAACUCCCAGAAGAGGAAGUAUCCAACGACGAGCUAGAUUAGUAGAUGAAAAGGCCCUAUCAGGUAUGACUUUGGCUGCAACAUGGAUAGGGUUCUUGUACAGUCAAAACAUGAUGCAUCAAGUGAUAAGAUGACGGGUUUUUGCUUCAGUUGGUGUUUUUACUACCUUUAUUCUAGAUAUCCGUUUAGAUGAGAAUAAACUGAAUACAUACAACUUAUAUCGAAUGUAUAGAGUUUUUGUGGAGAUGGGAAAGCAUCUUAGGCCAAAUUAUCGCGUAUAUAUUAGUUUGAAGCUGUAUGUAUAUUCUUACCUGCUGUUACUUGCUGCCUUUAUAACAAUGGUUAUUCUUGUUUUCU